AUGAGUGAACAGCAGUUGUUAAGAGAUAAACACAUUGAUUAUAUUGCGUCUUUAGAUACUAAGAAAGAUGAUCUAGAGUACUGGCUCUCAGAACAUCUAAGGUUGAAUGGGGUAUACUGGGGAUUGACAGCCCUCUAUCUCCUUGAUUCUAUCGAAACAUUCAAUAAGGAGGAUGUAAUACAGUUUGUCCUAAGCUGUUGGGAUCAUAAAACUGGUGGGUUUGCUGCGUUUCCAAGACAUGAUGGUCAUCUAUUAACGACUCUUUCAGGGCUUCAGAUUUUGGCUACUUACAACGCUUUAGAGCGCUUGGGUUCAGAGAAGCAAGAACAAUUGGAAAAAUUUAUCCUAUCCAAUCAAAAAGCAGACGGCUCAUUCCAAGGUGAUAGUUUUGGUGAAGUCGACACACGUUUCGUAUAUACUGCAUUGAGCUGUUUGUCCAUUUUACACAAAUUGACGAAAGAAGUUGUAGAACCAGCAGUUUCGUAUAUCCUUAGAUGUUACAAUUUCGAUGGCGGAUUUGGCUUAAAUCCUGAAGCAGAAUCUCAUGCUGCUCAGGCAUUUACUUGCAUUGCUGCUUUAGCAAUCGUCGGAAAAUUAGACUCUUUAACUCCAGCUCAGCAGGAGAAUAUUGCUGUUUGGCUCUCAGAAAGACAAGUUCCAGAGGGGGGCUUAAAUGGUAGGCCAAGCAAACUGCCCGAUGUAUGCUAUAGCUGGUGGGUAUUAUCAACACUUUCAAUACUCCAAAAAGCUGAUUGGAUUGAUUUUCCCAAGCUAACGGAGUUCAUUUUGCAUUGUCAGGAUCCCAAAAAUGGAGGGAUUAGUGACAGACCAGACAACGAAGUCGACGUAUUUCACACGGUUUUUGGUCUAGGAGGAUUAAGUAUAAUGAAGUAUCCAGGAUUAAGAGAUAUUGAUCCAGUAUACUGUAUGCCAUAUACGGUGACGAAAUAUUUCCAACGCAAGUACUCAGAUUAG